CUUGUUUGUAGGGCAUCCAAAUCGAGUGGAUCAAGUAACUGCCAAAACGGUUCAGUCUGUGCGCAGUGACAUAUGACGCAUAUGUCUUUAUUUGAUGAGUUGCCCACUUGCGUCUAACCUGUAAUGCUGAUGGCUCCAUCUCCGCCGGGGGUAUAUUCGGAUAGAAAAAGUAGUAUCACGACCACGUAUAAGGGCCACGAGCCCCUUGCGAAUGGCAACUGUAGGUCCGCCUUACCGCCCAGCUGCCAGCGCUACAUACAUAUAAGAGCAGUACUUGCUGGGAGAUUGUAUACUGAACGAAAUCCCCAAAAUGACUGUUUUGAAAACGUUCAUCACCGCCGUGGUCGGUAUAUUUUCUGCAGCUACUUCUGCCAAUGCCAUUAUGAACGGCGUUGGUAAAUUGCCUGUGAUGGGUUACAAUGCGUGGAACGCAUUUGCGUGCAACGUCAAUGAGACUCUCAUCCUCCAGACUGCGCAAUACAUGAAGGAGUAUGGGCUCCUGGAUGUUGGUUAUAACCAUGUUAAUCUUGACGAUUGCUGGGCUAUGAAGAAUCGUAGCGCUACUGGUGAGGUCAUAUCAGAUACUAUCAGGUUCCCCAGUAUGAACAAUCUCACAGACCAGCUUCACGCGCUCGGCUUCUACGCAGGCAUUUAUUCUGACUCUGGCUGGUUUACCUGCGCGGGGUAUCCCGGCUCCUUCAUGCACGAGGAACAGGACGCGAUGACCUUCCAAUCUUGGGGUUUCGACUUCCUCAAGUAUGACAACUGCGCCAUUCCAUUCGAUGAUAUUAUACGGGAGGGUAUCACUGGAAAAUAUCACCGCAUGGUAGAUGCUCUUGCCGUGGUCGCAGAAAAAACUGGCACUACGUUCGUAUUCAGUUUGUGUGAGUGGGGCUGGAACCAAGUCUGGCUAUGGGGUGCCCAUAUGUCUCACAGUUGGCGAAUUGAUGAUGACAUUGCGCCUCACUGGAAAUCGCUUACUAGCAUCAUCAACUCCGCAUCGUUUAUCACCCAAGCUACGAACCAUUAUGGACGCAAUGAUCUCGACAUGCUCGAAAUCGGGAAUGGCGACCUCUCGUACGACGAAGCAAAGUCCCACUUCACUGCAUGGGCUCUUGUCAAGGCUCCCUUGCUUAUAGGCACCAACCUCGCCACCAUAAGCCAGGAGAUGCUCAGCAUCCUAAAAAAUCAAGAGAUCAUCGCGAUCAACCAGGACCCCGUCCAUGGUACUAGCAUAUCGCCCUUCCGCUGGGGCAUCAACCCUGAUUGGACAUACAACGCGACACACCCUGCUCAAUACUGGAGCGGUCCCAGUGAGAACGGAACAGUUUUCAUGCUUAUCAAUACUCUGAGCCAGCCGGCUGAUAUGUUCUUCAACCUCACCGAAUCCCCAUGGAUUCGCGCUGGCAUUCAGUAUUCCGUCCGGGACUUGUGGACACACACAGACAAUGGCACUGCUGUGCGUAGCUUCACCGCUAUGAGCGUCCCCGCGCAUGGUGUGGUGGUGCUGUUACUGAAGGAAGAUGGGAAUGAGCCCGCUGGGUUGAUGCCACCCUGUGCUGGCGAGGCUCUCUCACAAUGCACUGCUGAGGAUGGGACGAGGUACUCAUAAGCCGCGUCUAGUCUUACCACUCUGUAAGUAGCUACAAUGCCAGUUAUCAUUAUAUCCUUCAUCAGUUGGUUUUCGAA